AUGGUGAGAUUAACUGCCGAAUAUAUUGAAAAGAAAUGUUCACAAAUGCAGUUAAAUAAAUCUCUUAGUAAGAAAUUAAAACAAGACGAAUUAUAUAGCUUAACUACUUUACGUAUGAACAGUAUGUUUAUCAGCAGCAUCGUAAUACAAUCUACGCAUAUGAUCAUAUUGUUACAGGGUAAUUUUGUCAAUUACAAAAAUCUUCAAGUAAUAUACUUGCAAAAUAACAACAUUGCGAUAAUAGAAAAUUUGCAUUUUGCAUCAAAUCUAACGCAUUUAUACUUGCAGCAUAACGAAAUAAGUAAAAUAGAAAAUUUAAAUUUUCUUGAAAAAUUACAAACACUUUAUUUAGGGUAUAACAAAAUAUUAGUGGUGGAAGGUCUUGAAUGUUUAAGAAAUUUAACCACUUUAUAUAUAGAAAAUCAAAAAUUACCUACUGGAGAGUCACUAUGCUUCGAUCCGCGGAGUAUAUUUACUUUAUCUACUUGUUUGAAAAUACUCAAUAUUUCUGGUAACAAAAUGACAUCUCUAAAAAACAUUGAAAAAUUGCAUAGAUUAGAAGUUUUAGAUGUUGCAAAUAAUUUUAUUGACGAUAUUAACGAUUUAACAGAAAGUAUAAGUGCCUUAACUUCUUUAACAGAUCUGUCGUUACAAGGCAAUCCUGUAACUCAAUAUCAUAGGUACAGAGAAAAUCUUAUUGCAAAUAAUGACACUCUAAAAACUCUUGAUGGAAAAACGGUGACAGAUAUAUGUAGAUGUUUCAUGAAAAGAUUCAAGAUAAAGAAACAUCUCCAUCACACCAAAAAAUCAUUGAGUACUACAUUAGAUGAAGAUAUUACAAGUUCGUUAAAUCUACCGCCUUCAUUGAAAGAAUCAAUAUCCAGAGCAAUAUUUCAACAUCCUGAUCCAAAAUUAUCUACAACAUCUACGAUUAAUGAAACGCAAUCGUACAUAUUUCCAUCAUGGAAAAUAGGUAACAAUACAAAAAGCUAUUUAAAUGAUUCUUAAUAUACCUAAAAAUAUUAUUAAUAAUUAAUCAAUUUUUAUAACAUCUCAGGUAUAAAUAUUGUAAAGAAUGGUCAUAUAAUUCCGAAACCAUUCUGGAGUAAUGUGAAAACUAAUAACUUUCCUAAC